AUGGAUAUCAAGAUUAAGAGUCAUCCAGUGAGAACCAAGAAAGAGAUCAGAUAUCUUGGGGUACAGUGGGAUAACGGCAGGAGGUUCGGGACUCACUUUGAGGAAGUUUGUGGUAAGGCCAAUGCACUUAUGGUGGCGCUGAGGGCGUUGCUACCUAAUAUUAACGGUCCCACUGGCUCAGUCAUGAGGCUUUACUAUGGAGUAUGUGAAUCAGUCGCGCUUUAUGCGUCUCCAGUAUGGUCCAAACCGCUGUUAACCAAGAGUAACAGAAACGUCUUGACGGGGCCACAAAGGGCCGCACUUAUAAGAUCGUCUGCGGCCUACAGAACUGUGUCACAUGCAGCGCUGUGCGUAUUGACGGCCACAAUGCCAAUUUAUUACAAAGCAGAUCUCCGGGCCGAGAUCUACGAACUAACGAAGAUGUAUCAACGAGAACAUGCAGAAUUGCAGACAAUUCUGUGGGAAGGAUGA